AUGCCAGAAAAUAGUCAAGUUCGCCGUUGGUAUCACUGGUACUCACCAUCGGAUGGACCCGAGGAGAGGAAGCUGAUUGCAAAACUUGAUCUACUGAUUAUUCCCUAUGCGUUCAUUUUAUACUGGGUCAAGUACAUUGAUCAGUCCAACAUUAACAAUGCCUACGUCUCUGGAAUGUCGGAUGAGCUGAACUUUGAGGGCAAUGAGCUUGUUCAGUUCCAGACCAUCUUUGUUGUUGGAAAUGUCGUCGGACUACUUCCUUUUAUUUAUCUUUUCCCUCGAGUUCCUAUGCAUAUUCUUGUCCCGACAUUAGACCUGGGUUGGGGAAUUUUCACGCUGCUCCAGUACCGUGCUCAGAGUUAUGGAGAAAUCAUGGCCUACCGUUUCCUUGUUUCGCUAUUCGAGGCAAGCUAUUUCCCCGGAGUUCACUUUGUUCUUGGAAGCUGGUACAGAGGUGAUGAGAUUGGUCGCCGUGGAGGUAUAUUUUAUGUCGGUCUCACUCUUGGCACCUUGACCGCAGGCCUUCUCCAGUCGGCAGCCACAACUUACCUCGAUGGCGUACAUGGACUAGCGGGAUGGAGAUGGCUGUUCAUCAUCAAUGCCAUCAUUACUCUACCUCUCGCCUUGAUCGGCUACUUUAUCUGGCCCGGCACACCUGCCAAACCGAAUCGAUUAGUUUUCAAAGAGCCGGAGCUGGAACUGGCGCGCUCCAGGCUGUCAAAGACUGGCACAAAGGUUCAGAGCACUCCAUUUUCUCUGGCCUUGUUGAAGCGAAUCUUUACCAAUUGGCGCUUCUAUGUCAUUGUGUUAUGGGACAUUUUCUUCUUCAAUUCGGGCGCGAACACGGCCGCAUUCCUGCUCUGGAUCAAGAGUCUGCACCGCUUCGACACGGCCACACUGAAUCAACUGGGCACAAUCAGUCCAGCGCUGGGCAUCUUUUUUGUCCUCUUUAUCAACUUUAGCGCCGAUCUGUGGAUUGGGCGAGCCGCGGCCAUUACCCUUGCGUCCGCCGUUAACUUUACCGGCCUCGUGAUUCUCGCCGUUUGGAACGUGCCCGAGUCGGCUAAGUGGUUUGCCUUUAGUGUUGGCUACUCCUCCGUGGCCGUGUCUUCGGUCCUCUACGGCUGGGCGAAUGUGAUUCUAAAGGACAAUAUCGAAGAACGGUCUCUCACUUUGAUAUUAAUGACAGCCAUUGCGACCUCGACGAAUGCCUGGAUCCCACUUUUUGUGUAUCCAACGGUCGAGGCACCCAGAUAUCCCAAGGGUUACGUGUACUCGGCGUGCAUGGUGGUCUGUCUGGUUAUUAUGACGCAGAUCGUCCGCAUACUGUUCAAGGACGGGGACAAGAACAAGGAUGAAGAAUAUUCCAAUGUAGAACAGGUGCAAGUGGAGGUGGAUGCGAGACUUGAGACUGCCAAAAGAGUUGAUGAGGGAGUGGUAGCUCUUUAA